AUGCUGGUGCUUCGGAGAGCCGGCCACACGCCUCGCCUUCCUUCACCACCCUUGCGAUCUCUCCUCUCACAUUCUCAUCGCGCACUGUCGGCGACGGCUCCAUCGCGGGCGGCAGCGACCGGCGUAGAAGUCGCGGACCCUCUCUUGCUGUACUAUAGCCUUGUCGCCCAGGGCAAGAUAAAGAAGGAUGAGGAACAGCUGCGAGCGUUGGUGCAGAUGCGCAAGUUGCACGGCGAGUUGCUAGACUACCAGCCGCCCGUACAGCUCUUCACAUUACUCGACUCGAUCCGCGCCCUUCCCUCCGCCUCGAGUUCCUCUACGACCGUCUCGUCCUCUUCCCUCCUUCCCGCCUGGCCUUUUCGACGGUCGCCUCUUUCUUCCCUCGGCGAAGGCUUGUCAGAGCAGGACGAGCGCGAACGGAUGCGGUUGGCGACGAUGAGCGAGAGGGAGAAGACGACGCAGCUGGUCAAGGUGCUCAAGGCGAACGAGGGUCUCGAGGAUCUCGACACGCCCAAGGGCUUCUUGCUGACGGGUCCGCCAGGGACGGGAAAGAGUCUUCUCAUGGACCUGUUCUUCCAGUCGCUCCCCGUCGCCAGCAAGACCCGCCAUCACUACCAUGCCUUCCUCCUCUGGAUCUAUCAAGGCGUACAUCGUGCUCUCGAGAAGCAGCGGCUAGAGAAUGAGGAGGAGGAGCGGUUGAUGAACGAGCUGUACCAGAAGAGCGGGAAGAAAGGGUACCCGUGGAGCAGGAGGGAGGAAAUGAAGGCCAAGGCAAUCAGUCAGGGAUGGCAAUCUGUCUUCGCAGGCGGUCGCUCCGCUCACGACGCCUCGCUCAACACUCGCGAGUUCGUCCUCGCGCAAGUUGCGCUCGACUUGCUCAAGACGCAGGGCUGGCUGCUCGCUUUCGACGAGAUCCAACUGGUCGAUAUCGCCGGAGCUGGUCUCGUCAGCCGCGUGAUGAGCUGGUACUGGCGACUCGGCGGUGUUGUCGUAGGCACCUCGAACCGAGUGCCGGAAGAUCUCUACAAACAAGGCAUCCAGCGAGCUACCCUAUCCCCCUUCCUGACCGCCCUCUCGCACCGCGCGCCAGUCAUCGACUUAUCUUCGCCAACCGACUACCGCCUCGUGGCUCGCUCGCAGACUCCGCUCUCACCCUCGACUGACGCCGAACAACCAGGUGGUUUUGGCUCCGUCGACGCAUGGCGAAGAUGGGGCACACGUUCGCGCGGCUGGUUCGUCAAGGGCGAGGUUGAAGCGGCUUGGCGGGAAGCCUUGGAGUGGGUUGUCGGCGAUGCGGAGGGCAGCGAGACGGUGUUGACGGUGUAUGGUCGGAAGGUCAAGGUGCCUUGGGCGAGCGGAGGAGUGGCGAGAUUCUCGUUCAAGGAUUUGUGCGAGAAGCCACUCGGCCCGGCCGACUACAUUUCGAUCGGCAGUGCCUUCCACACCGUCAUCAUCGACGACGUCCCCGUUCUCCCGCUGAGCGCGAAGAACGAAGCGCGGCGGCUGAUCACCCUGCUCGACGCCCUCUACGAAACCAAGACCCGCCUUCUCGCCUUCGCCGACUCGCCUAUCGACUCGCUCUUCUUCCCCGACGCCAUUUCCUUGACGCCUCCGCCCUCUCCAGCAGACAUCCCGGUUGACGACCUUCCUACAUCUUUCAGCGAGUUCGCCGGCUCGCAAGCACCCGGAUCGAGCGGACCUGUGCACGUUCUCGACGCCUCGACCUUCUCCCUUCCGCUCAAUUCGUCCUUGACCCGAGCCGGCAAGGCGGAGCAGCGACAGGCGCAGGAUGCAGCGGGAGAGGUCAUCGACUCGUUGACGGAGGAAAUGCUCGGCGACGUUGCGCAGGACCUCGAGGCGCCGUACCGACCGAACAUCUCGAGCUACGACGAAAGCGCGCAGGUCGGGGCAUACGAGCGGGAUGCGGCGAGAGUGCUCGAGGAGCAGGACGAGCAGGUCCGACGGCAGCUCAAGAAGCGGCAGGAGCAGGAGGCUCGCGCACCGAUUCACCCAAGUGCCGCGACUCCCAGCUUCCAGAGUCUCGCCAUCUUCACGGGCGAGGAGGAACGCUUUGCCUUCAAGCGCGCCGUCUCUCGCGUACACGAGAUGUCGUCCGCCGAGUACCUCGUCACCGCCAAACACUCGCCACUCCCGUCGGCCGUGCGCACAUGGGAACAGACGGUCUCGUCCUCGCCUGCCUCACUCGCCGCCCAAGCCGCCGCCGCCUCCGCCUCGCCCUCACGUCAUACUGUAGGCGACAAGGCGCCCCUGCCCGCCGACGACCGUCUCUCAGACGUCCUCGACCCAUCGGCCUUGCGCGCCAAGUGGCCGGAAGGGAUGCCCGCUGGCGACAAGGAGGUUGACGUACGGCGACAGGACAAGCCUGUGCUUUCAGAAGCGCAUGUUUGGGGUGUCAGGGAGGACUGGGGGAAGAAGGCGGGACGAUGGGGCAAGGGAGCGAAGGCUUAUGAGGAUGGGGAGUAA